AUGGAACAACCUCAACAACAGCAACAACAAAAUGAUCAGGAAAAUGGUGGAGGUGGCAGUAGCGGAAAAGGAAGUGGGUUCAGACAAAGUAGUACAAGGUGGACACCAACAACAGACCAGAUAAGAAUAUUGAAGGAUCUUUACUACAACAAUGGAAUAAGAUCACCAAGUGCUGAACAGAUUCAGAGGAUCUCUGCUAGGUUAAGACAGUACGGUAAGAUUGAAGGAAAAAAUGUGUUUUAUUGGUUUCAAAAUCAUAAGGCUAGAGAAAGACAGAAGAAAAGAUUCACUUCUGAUGUUAAUGUUCUUCCCAUCAUUCAAAGAGCACCUAACAAUAUUUCUAUUGCUUCUGCUAAUUGGAAACCUGAUCAUGAACAACAACAACAAUCCAUUCUUCACACCAACCAUUCCAAUUACAACAUUUCAUCUUCUGGGCUUUCUUCUGCUUCAUGUUCUUCUGCUGAGAUGGUUGCUAUAGGUUAUGGAUCUGUGCCUAUGGAGAAGAGUUUUAGGGAGUGUUGUACAAUAUCAGCUGGAUGUAGCAGUAGCCAAGUUGGAAGCACCAUGAACAACCACUUAGGAUGGAUUGGUCAUCAUCAUGUUGAUCCAUAUUCUUCACCUUAUGCUAAUAUAUUUGAAAAAAUAAGAGCAAAUGAUGAAAUCAUGGAAGAGGAACAAAAACAAGAAUAUGAAAAUGGUUCACCUGAGAUUGAAACUCUUCCUUUAUUUCCUAUGCAUGGUGAAGACAUUCAUGGUGGAUACUGUAACCUCAAGUCAAAUUCAUCUAACUAUGGUGCUGGCCAUGGUUGGUAUCAAGGUGAAGGUCAUGGUUUCAUGAAUGGUUCUCGUACUACUUCCUUGGAACUUAGCCUCAACUCUUACACUCGUAGAUCACCAGAUUAUGCUAAUUGA